AUGGAUACAUUUUAUCAGGGUUCACAAUUUGCUAGAGAUUGGUUAUUAGCAUUUACUCGUGGGAAAUUGAAUGUAAAAUUUGAUACUGUCUUUUCUGCUGUUAUUCGUCGCUUAAAACUGGUAGGACACGAUGAACAAGAAAGAACUGUUAAUGAUAUUGUGAGUGAACUAUAUCCUAUUAAAGAACAAACUUCGCAAAAGAAAAAAUUGGAAAAAAUGACAAAACUGCAAGAUUGCUGUGCCAAAUUAUACACAAAGCCAUGUUUUCUCCACAGUGUUGCUAAUGGUGCAUUACGUUCUAAUGAUCGAGCUAAACUCGAUGCAUUAGGUCCAUUUUGUUAUCUUGUUUACAAUUACAUUGGCCGCCAUAAUAAUCAAAGUAUAUCAUUUCGACGUCGUCUUCUACAAUUAAUUCGUGUUAGGGACACGCAACCAAUGAUUCUGUAUCGUGGUGAUUAUGUUUGUUCUGAAACGUUGGAAGAAUAUAAACAAGCAGCUGGAAGAGAAGACAAAUAUUUUAGAUGGCGUCCAUUUGUAUCGAGUUCACUCGAUCGAGAUGUUGCCAGAAAUUUUGGACACAAUGUUCUCUACAUUAUCGAGCUACAACAAUAUUUAUCUAGUAAUCAAUUUACAUACUUAAGUAACAAUUCAUAUAUUGAGAGUAAAGAAGAAAUAUUAUUGAAGCCUGGAACACGAUUUCAAGUAAUCAAAGUAGAAUCUGAUUGUCGAUUAAAACGUGAAUUAGUCUAUAUCAAGAUUAUUCCAUCGUUUGUAUCCAAUUUGAGAUAA